CGCUCUCCCCGCGCCUCCGUCCUUUCUCCGUCCCGCAGCGUUUCCCGGCCUCUCCAUGGGAAUUUGCUCCCUCUGGGUUCUGCUGCUGCUGCUGCUGCUGCCAGGGGGCCGGGCGCGGCGGCGCAGCCACGCCGAGGACCGGCUCUUCCAGCGCCUCUUCUCGGGCUACAACCGCUGGGCCCGGCCCGUGCGCAACACCUCCGACGUCGUCAUCGUGCGCUUCGGCCUCUCCAUCGCCCAGCUCAUCGACGUGGAUGAGAAGAACCAGAUGAUGACCACGAACGUGUGGCUGAAACAGGAAUGGAGCGAUUACAAGCUGCGCUGGGACCCGGCCGAGUACGACAACGUCACCUCCAUCCGGGUGCCCUCCGAGAUGAUCUGGAUCCCCGACCUCGUCCUCUACAACAACGCCGACGGCGAGUUCGCGGUGACGCACAUGACCAAGGCCCACCUCUCGUGGGACGGCACGGUCACCUGGGUGCCGCCGGCCAUCUACAAGAGCUCCUGCAGCAUCGACGUCACCUUCUUCCCCUUCGACCAGCAGAGCUGCAAGAUGAAGUUCGGCUCGUGGACCUACGACAAGGCCAAGAUCGACCUGGAGAACAUGGACCACCAGGUGGACCUCAAGGACUACUGGGAGAGCGGCGAGUGGGCCAUCAUCAACGCCGUGGGCACCUACAACUCCAAGAAGUACGACUGCUGCACGGAGAUCUACCCCGACAUCACCUUCUACUUCGUCAUCCGCCGCCUGCCGCUCUUCUACACCAUCAACCUCAUCAUCCCGUGCCUGCUCAUCUCCUGCCUCACCGUCCUGGUCUUCUACCUGCCCUCGGACUGCGGCGAGAAGAUCACGCUGUGCAUCUCCGUGCUGCUGUCCCUCACCGUGUUCCUGCUGCUCAUCACCGAGAUCAUCCCGUCCACCUCGCUGGUCAUCCCGCUGAUCGGCGAGUACCUGCUCUUCACCAUGAUCUUCGUCACGCUCUCCAUCAUCAUCACCGUCUUCGUGCUCAACGUGCACCACCGCUCGCCCAGCACGCACGCCAUGCCCGCCUGGGUGCGCCGGUUCCUCCUGGGCUCCGUGCCCAGGUGGCUCUCCAUGAAGAGGCCGCCCCAGGAGGGGACGCGGGGACGGCACGGCCGCCCCGGGGCGCGGCUCAGCACCUCGCGCUGCUGGCUGGAGACCGACGUGGAUGACAAGUGGGAGGAAGAGGAAGAAGAAGAAGAAGAAGAAGAAGAAGAAGAAGAAGAAGAAGAAGAGGAGAAGACCUAUCCCGCCCACCCCGCCGAAUCCAAGGGAAGGGAAUUCCGCUACGGGAAGAAGUCCGGGAGUUCGGGACCGCGCGGAGCGUCCAAGGGGAAGGAGGAGGAGGAGGAGAAGGAGGAGGAGGAGGAAGGCUCGGAGCGGGGUUUGGCGCUGUCGCCCAGGAUGAGGAAGGCUCUGGAAGGCGUGCAGUACAUCGCCGACCACCUGAGGGCCGAGGACGCCGACUUCUCCGUGAAGGAGGACUGGAAGUACGUGGCCAUGGUGAUCGACCGCAUCUUCCUGUGGAUGUUCAUCAUCGUCUGCCUGCUGGGCACCGUGGGGCUCUUCCUGCCGCCCUACCUGGCCGGCAUGAUCUAGGGAAGCUGGGGGAGAUGCUGCGGAUGGUCCGUGCAGAGGGGACGUGGACAUGACCCCGUGAUCCUGUGAUCCCAGGAGGUUGUGGGACAGGGAUGAGGCUUCAGAAAGGACACGGACAAGAUCCCAUAAUCCUGAGAUCCCAGGAUCCCACCAUCCCAUGGUCCCAGGAGGUCGUGGGACAGGGAUAAGGCUUCAGAUGGUCUGUGCAGAAGGGACGUGGACAUGAUCCCAUCAUCCCAUCAUCCCGUGGUCCCACCACCCCAGGAAGCUGGGGGAGAUGCUGUGGAUGGUCCAUGCAGAGGGGACACGGACAUGAUCCCACAAUCCCAUGAUCCCACCAUCCCGUGAUCCCACCAUCUCACCAUUCCAGGAAGUUCUGGGACAGCUGUGGAUGCUCCAUGUAGAAGGGACACGGGCAUGAUCCCACAAUCCCGUGAUCCCACAAUCCCAUGGUCCCAGGAGGUUGUGGGACAGGGAUAAGGCUGGGGAUGGUCCGUGCAGAGGGGACAUGGACAUCAUCCCACGAUCCCAUAAUCCCACCAUGAUCCCACCAUCCCAGGAAGUUG